AUGACGGAAUUGAUAAGUAAACCUGUUGUAAAAUUGCCCAGGAAACGGCAAACACUGCUAUUUGCAGAUCACGAAGCCUUUGCUGCCAACACAGAUUUCUUGGUAUCUGAUAAGCUCUAUGUGGAUCCCCUUCCACCUACUGUGACGGCAGCGGAUGUCAUUGACCUUCUCAGAAGCUGUGACCCUAUUGACGCUGAUUUAUCCACAGGCGUGAUUCAAUUUUCAAGCGUGGAAAAAGCUGACCGAGCAUAUACCUUAUUCAAUGGCGCAACAAUCAAAGAUAGCAACUGCCACCUGCAGCUGAGAGCCCAUUCAUCUGGCACCUAUGGUGAACCAGAAGUAACUUCUGGUAUCUUAUCCAUCUACAACUUGCCUUUAAACACCAACAAUCACCUGCUAUACGAUAUGUUUCGCCCAUUUGGACCUAUGGCACUAUGCAAGAUCAUUAUGGAUCAAGGGCAAUUCAAGGGUACAGCGUUGGUGCAGUACUUUCGAUCCGCUGACGCCGAUGCAGCUGGUGCGGAAAUGGCAAGUAUAAGCUGA